AUGUUUCAGUCGAAAGAAUUCAACAAACAACUCUACCAGCUCAUGAUCGAAGACUCGACCAAUGAAUUAAUACAUAAUGAAAAGCUAAAACUGUAUAUUUCGAUGAAGAGUGAGGUCAUCUUCACCGCUUGUGGAUUAUUUAACUUGGAUUAUACUUUGUUGUUCUCGAUGAUCUCCUCUGCUACGACUUACUUGGUCAUCUUGAUCCAGUUCGGCCACAUUGAAAACAUGGACCAUCAGCCACUGUCAACAUUAAUGCAUAACAUAACCUACACCAAUAUCUCUACACCAAUACCCAUCUCUAUCACUUCUUAA